AAACAAUGAAGAACUGACCUCAGAUCAGCUGUCAGCCUCUCCUGAGACCUCCUCUUCUCCUCACACAGGUGUAGAUCUACACAGGUGAGCACAGGACCUUCCUCUUCUCCUCACACAGGUGUAGAUCUACACAGGUGAGCACAGGACCUUCUCUUCUCCUCACACAGGUGUAGAUCUACACAGGUGAGCACAGGACCUUCUCUUCUCCUCACACAGGUGUAGAUCUACACAGGUCUGUCAAACACUGAUGCUGGAUCAGUGGGAGUGGAAUAGAUGAUAAUGGCCAUGGCAAACUGUAAUUUGCGGUCACCAUCCUCCUCUCCUCAUGAUGAGGUCAACCUGGGACCUUCAGCAAACCCUCAUGCCAGGCCCACUGACUUUGACUUCUUGACCGUCAUUGGCAAAGGGACCUUUGGAAAGGUCCUGCUCGCCAAGCUCAAAGCCGACAACAAGUUCUACGCCGUCAAAGUUCUGCAGAAGAAAGUCAUCCUCAAGAAAAAAGAGCAAAAGAACAUUAUGGCAGAGAGAAAUGUUCUGCUGAAGAGUCUGCAACAUCCCUUUCUGGUUCGGCUCCACUACUCCUUCCAGACUCCAGAGAAGCUCUACUUCGUCCUCGACUACGUGAAUGGGGGAGAGUUGUUCUUUCACCUGCAAAGAGAGAGGUGUUUCUCAGAGCCCAGAGCACGUUUCUACGCAGCCGAGGUAGCGAGUGCCAUCGGCUAUCUUCACUCUCUCAACAUCGUUUACAGAGAUCUGAAGCCAGAGAAUAUUCUUUUAGACUCUCAGGGCCACGUGGUGCUGACAGAUUUUGGGCUUUGCAAAGAAGGUGUGGAACCGGAGGGCACCACCUCAACUUUCUGUGGAACUCCAGAAUAUUUGGCACCAGAGGUUCUUCGUAAGGAAGCGUAUGACAGGACAGUGGACUGGUGGUGUCUGGGAGCAGUGACCUAUGAGAUGAUCUACAGCCUGCCUCCUUUCUACAGCCGUGACGUGGGUGAAAUGUAUGAUGGGAUCCUCCACAAGCCGCUGCCACUUCCUCCAGGGAAGUCUGACGCUGUCUGUUCUCUGCUGGUCGGCCUUCUUCAGAAAGACCAGCACAGACGCCUCGGGGCCAUCGCCGACUUUUUAGAAAUAAAGAACCACACAUUUUUCUCUCCAAUCAACUGGGACGACCUUUACCACAAGAGAAUAACUCCUCCUUACAACCCCAAUGUGAGAGGCCCAGCUGACACUCAACACAUUGAUCCAGAGUUCACCAGAGAAAUGGUUCCUAACUCGGUGAGUCGGAGCCCCGAGCUCAACGCCGGCAGCAGCUCCUACAACGCCUUCAAUGGAUUCUCCUUCGUCGGCACCGACGACAGCUUUCUGUGAGGCAGGAGUUAACUGCUCAAACGUUUGAACAUUGUAAUUGAUUGCGUGAGCACAACUCUUUGGGCUCUCAUGAAAAUAAGAGCUCCUCUUGUACUUGUGCCGAAAUCCCACGUGGCAACUAUUAUGUCUUACUGCUGCAGGGUUUUCCAAACGGUUCCUCUUGAGGUUGUGGCAGUGAGGGAUCACGCCUGCAAUGAAGACAUUUAAGUUAAAAAUAUGUAAAUCUUUUUUCACCUGGAAGUCCCAGGUUUGUUGUUAGAGAGAUAGCGAGGAUCGUCAUGGACGUGUUACCAAUCAUACAGGCCUCGCAAGAAGUAGGAGCAUCUUUAAGAUGCAGUGCAAAUUAUCUUUAUUCCACUCAUUUGCAAUGGAAUUAAGGGUGUGUUUUAUUAUUAUUUUAUAAAUAGAUUUUGUCAUGAUGUGUGGAAAAAAAUAAAAAUGUGUCUUCCUGUG